AAAUUCACAUUUAUUUAUUAUUUUUUAUCGAGCAUUAAAUCAAUAAUGGUACCCGUGUGUGAAGACGAGUAAAACGAGAGAAGGAUAAACCAAAACCCUUUUCUUUUUAGGUUUUCAAUCUCUCGGCCCAUCUGUUAGGGCAAGACACGAGCAGGGGUUUCGGUGCGGCAGUAACAAGGAUGAGUAAGCUUCAGAGUGAUGUGUUGAGGGAGGCGAUAACAGGACUGGUGGCAGACAGCAAGGAAAAAAAGAGAAAGUUUGUGGAGACGAUAGAGCUGCAGAUAGGUUUGAAGAACUAUGACCCCCAGAAGGACAAGCGCUUCAGUGGCUCCGUUAAGCUCCCCCACAUCCCUCGCCCCAAGAUGAAGCUCUGCAUGCUUGGGGAUGCCCAGCAUGUUGAAGAGGCUGAGAAAAUAGGUCUGGACUAUAUGGAUGUGGAAGGAUUAAAGAAAAUGAACAAGAACAAGAAACUGGUUAAGAAGCUUGCAAAGAAAUAUCAUGCUUUUCUUGCAUCAGAAGCAAUUAUUAAGCAGAUUCCUCGACUUCUUGGUCCUGGUCUAAACAAGGCAGGUAAAUUUCCCACUUUGGUGUCACAUCAAGAGUCAUUGGAGGGGAAAGUAAAUGAAAACAAAGCUACGAUCAAGUUCCAAUUGAAGAAAGUUCUCUGUAUGGGUGUUGCUGUGGGUAACUGUGGCAUGGAGGAAAAGCAAAUAUUUCAGAAUGUCCAGCUGAGUGUCAACUUUCUGGUAUCCUUGCUUAAGAAAAACUGGCAAAAUGUACGUUGCCUUUAUCUGAAGACCACCAUGGGCAAGCCAUCUCGGAUAUUCUAAUCUAAUACUGCAAUUAGUUUCAGCUUUUGUUCAGUGAACUUUGAGAUUUGUAUUGUUUUGUUCAUUUAAUGUAUGAGGUUCAAACAGUAUAUUUAUAAAGAAUUUUGCAUUUGAUUU